AUGGGGAGCAUGGCGUAUCGCACGCGGGUCGCGAUAUUGAUAGGAAUAGCCCUUCUAGCAUCCACGUUGUUACUUAUCGCGGACGGUGCGUCGACGAAUGCUGGCGGCAAUACGAAUGGUGGCGGUUCAACGAAAAAUACAGGGACUACGUCUAGCGGGUCUAGUGGUUCUAGCGGGACCACUGUUAGCGGGACAACCAAUAGCGGGACCACGACUAGCGGGACCGCUUCUACGGGAUCCUCUAGCGCUAGCGGAAGCACUACCUCUGGCAACGGGAACACCCAGAACAACGGGAAUACCCAGAGCAACGGGAAUACUGCGGCAGCUGGGAAUACCGCUAAUAAUGGAAACACUGCCAAUAGCGGGAACACCCAGAACAACGGAAAUACUGCGUCUGCCGGGAAUACUGCCAACAACGGAAACACCGCCAACAACGGAAACACCGCCAGCAACGGAAACACCGCCAGCAACGGAAACACCGCCAGCAACGGAAACACCGCCAGCAACGGAAACACCGCCAGCAACGGAAACACGGCCAAUAACGGAAACACCGCCAACAACGGAAACACCGCCAGCAACGGAAAUUCAGCGGCUGCAGGGAAUACCCAGAGCAACGGGAACACGGCAUCGUCAACGUCGAAUUUUCUGUCUCUGCCGGUCAACGGGUGCUCUCCAUCAGCUUGCCAGAAUCCGUCACUGGGAUUCUACAAGGGCACGUUUCAGCAGGCGUCGAAUGCGGCUGCCGUUCAGAACAUGAACUACGGCGAAUACAUCUACGGCACGCGAAUCAGCUCCGAUCUCGCCAAGUCUUCUACCGACGCAAAGACCUUCCCCGACUGCUGCACGGACUGCGCCAACACCGCCGCGUGCCACUAUUUCCAGUUCUACACGCCUGAUUCCAUCUCAUCCGCCCCUGGCGGGCAGAAGCAGUGCUUCCUUCUCUCCGAGGCGCCGGCUGGCCUGGCCAUUAGCGGGCCUCUUAGCUAUGUUGGCGGUUUCUGCAACCCCCCUGCUUCAGCCACGCAGCAGCCAUCCCCCUCAACCACCUCCUCCGGCUCCACCUCUUCCUCCACCUCCUCUUCUUCCUCCCCCUCAGACUCCUCUUCCUCCUCCAGCACUACUGCUCCCACAGUCUCUGUCACCUCUCCCCCUCCUCCCGGCGUGAAGGGCGAUCCGCAUUUCGUGGGCGCGAAAGGCGUUAAGGAGACACACUCGUGGAUCAAGGGUCUCGGGUUUAUCACGCCUAAUCAUAAGCUCGCGCUGUUCGCGAAGACGAGCGCGAGUCCCGCGCGAAACGGCGGGUAUAUGAAGCGGAUUGUGCUUGACGGCCGGGAGUUUAAUUUGACGGAGGGGAACAAGUACGGGACGGCUGAUGGGGAAAUCGAGAUUGAAUUUGACGAGGCCGGGAGGAAGGACGGGGAGGAGGAGUCUGACGUGUACACUGUAUCUGUGCGCGACACGCUGAAGAUUCUCCUGCGCAUGCGUCCGGAAAUCGGGGGAGUUCGACGCCCGGAGGAUUCGUUCAUCCACUUUUCGAUGGAGAUUUUAGACGAGCAGCUGUCUACACGCACGCAUGGAAUUCUCGGCCAAACACUGUACAAUCUGAACUAUCCCGAAGCGGCUCCAACCGGAUAUGACGUGGAGUACAGUGGGGUGGUUUGGGCGUGGCAGGUGGUGGGUGCUGACGCGGAGAAUUACAUUCAGGGGACCCCUUCGGAUUACGUUACGAGCCACCUGCUGACUUCGGAUUGCCGUUUCUCGAGGUUCUCCCGCCGGGGUCUGUUCCACUCCGCGCUCUCCCUUGGCUGCUGGCGCAAGGGAUUUGUGUGCUGA